AUUGUAAUUAUGCAGUUAUAAAAAAUGCAGUGCUAAAGUAUAACAAAAUAUUACAGACAUUUCAUUUGUAUAGAUCAAUACCCAUUUGUUUGAGGGGGUUGAAAACUAUGAUUAUAUCAAAAGGUCGUAAAAUAUUUUUUACGGAUUAGGAAGCAAUACAAAUUUAUGGAAUAAAUGAUUAUAGUAUUAUCAUAAAUUUUAACAUUAUUAGACAAUGUAUAAAAUGAUGUUCGGUAACGUUGUUGGAUGGCAAAAUACGCUAUCAUUUACAAGAUGCAAGCGCUAUCAUUUAAUUAAUGUUAUCGGACAAUCACAGCGUCCUCAUGUGGAACGAUAUAACCAUAUGGUUGGUUUAAUUCUUUUUCUAUAUAAUCUGCAAUUUCAACGAUUCUGUCCUCGACGUAUCAUUGAAUAAUAACGCCAGGUGCAGUCAAUGCGAUUUCGAACAAUGACAGUUGUAUCAUCAAAUCCGAGUUUCCCAUUGCGGCUGACAGUUGACAAGGGCGCUGGAUCACCCAUACAAACAUCGUCAGAUGUGGAUAGGCAUGAGUAAAUAGCUACCGUGUCACAAUCGAUUGGACAAAGUCAAUCAUAUGAGCGGGCACAGGUCGCAGCGACCGUGAAUAUUCAAGAGCGUCCCGUGCGGAUCUCAGUGGGACUCCGCCUCGCGAGCCGUUCGCUUCCUGUCACAUUUCGGUACACACUCAGUGCACGCACACAUAACACACAGUGAACAAACCGCCGCACAGUACAGCCGAAUGACAAUAUAACAAACAACAUUGAAAUAUGCGCUACAAUAAGUGAUUGAAAGAAAUUAAGAUCGGAUUACAAUGUAGAGCUGCCUACUCGGCGGAGGAAAAUGAAAGAGGGCGGUCGCGAGGAGGAGCCGACCAACGCGGCGGAAGCGGCACCGGCGCAGGGCAUGCGCACUGAACACACCUGUUGCUGCCUCGGCGUGUUGGUGGGCAUCUCGCUCAUCGCCGCCCUCGUAGCAGUAAUCCUCAUGAAGGAUACAACGGUUGAGGUGACGCUGGUCAGACAAGUCCAUGUGUUGAUGUCGCAUGGAGAGCGUACACCCAGCGAACGCGAAUUGGAAAUGUUAGGAGCUCCGCCCCCUGAACACGUAUUCGCUCCUUACGGCGCUGGGGCGAUGACCAAUGAAGGAAAAAUGCUGACUUUCGAAAUGGGCGCAUUACUUAGGAAGAGAUACGAUGACUUCUUGGGGCCGUACUACGAUGCUGAGAGUAGUAUCGUGAUAGCCUCAGACACGGAUUUGAGUAAGAUGACGGCUUUGUUAAUAUCGGCGGGUUUGUGGCCACCGCCGGCGGGGCAACUGUGGAACGAGACUAUAAUGUGGCAACCAGUGCCCUACACGUAUCCACCUCGCGACGAGGACUAUCUUCUAUACGAGGAGAACUGUCCACGAUAUAAACAAGAGAAGGAGAGACUGUUGAAGGCAUUUAUAGACGAAGGACUGCUAGUACCAUAUCGAGACCUAUUUCACAAAAUAGCACAAAUGACUAACACGAACUUUAGCACGCCGCAGGAUGCGUACGAUUUGAAUAAUUUAUUCUUAAUACAGGAUGACAUUAAAGUGGCGAAUCCAAAAUGGGCUAAGCACGUGAAGAGAAAGCUGAUGGAUGUUGCAAGGUUAGAGUAUUCCAUGAUGUUCCACAAUAAUCUACUACGAAAACUUAGUGGAGGCGCUCUCCUACAUCAAAUAAUAAAAGAGGCGGUAUCGAACACGAAGGAGGGCGGCGUGCGCGUGCUGGUGCGCACGGGCACGCCCGUGUCGGUGGCGGCGCUGCUGAGCGCGUGCGUGGCGCCGCCGCCGCGCCUGCCCGACCCCGGCGCCGCGCUGCUCUUCGAGCUGCACGAGAAGCUGCCUAGCGGCAAUGGCGAACACAAAACGUUGUCUGAUGGACAGCGGUUUGGAUUUAAGAUAUACUACUGGGACGACGAUUCAGCAGAGCCACGACUCAUGGAGGUGCCUGGUUGUAACGCCUUCUGCCCUUUGGACACUUUCAAGGAACUAACAAAAUACAUCGUGUCGCAUGAUUAUAAAGAAGACUGUAAACUAAUAGAUGCAUAG